CUGAGGACUGACUUGGGUUCUGAGAGACUCCCUGUCCGGGACCGCAGUGUUAAAAGGGCCGGAAAAAUCUGCUCAAACCUCCUGCUGUGAACCAGCAGAACAUUUGAACAGGUUUCUCCCCAUAUAAAACUCUUUGUAAAAAUACGCAGAAGAAUGGCAGCGGAGACGCAGACACUGAACUUUGGGCCUGAAUGGCUCCGAGCUCUAUCCAGUGGUGGGAGUAUUACAUCCCCUCCUCUUUCUCCAGCAUUGCCGAAGUAUAAAUUAGCAGAUUACCGCUAUGGCAGAGAAGAAAUGUUAGCACUUUUUCUUAAAGACAACAAGAUACCUUCAGACCUUCUGGAUAAAGAAUUUCUGCCUAUCCUACAGGAAGACCCCCUGCCACCAUUGGCUCUGGUACCCUUUACAGAAGAAGAACAGAGAAACUUUUCCAUGUCUGUAAAUAGUGCCGCUGUCCUGCGAUUGACAGGACGAGGAGGAGGAGGAACAGUGGUGGGGGCUCCUAGAGGUCGAAGUUCUUCAAGAGGGAGAGGCAGAGGUAGAGGUGAAUGUGGUUUCUACCAAAGAAGUUUUGAUGAAGUAGAGGGUGUGUUCGGUCGAGGAGGUGGCAGGGAAAUGCAUAGAUCACAGAGCUGGGAGGAAAGGGGUGACAGACGUUUUGAAAAACCAGGGCGAAAAGAUGUAGGGAGACCAAAUUUUGAGGAAAGUGGACCAGCAUCAGUAGGGAGAAAGCAUGAAUUUAUACGAUCAGAAAGUGAAAAUUGGCGUAUCUUUAGAGAGGAACAAAAUGGAGAAGAUGAAGAUGGAGGUUGGCGACUAGCUGGACCCAGAAGGGAUGGAGAGAGGUGGCGUCCUCACAGUCCUGAUGGCCCUCGUUCUGCAGGCUGGCGGGAACACAUGGAACGCCGUCGGAGGUUUGAGUUUGAUUUUCGAGAUCGGGAUGAUGAACGAGGUUAUCGAAGAGUGCGCUCUGGCAGUGGGAGCAUAGAUGAUGACAGGGAUAGUUUGCCUGAAUGGUGCUUAGAAGAUGCUGAAGAAGAAAUGGGCACGUUUGACUCAUCUGGAGCAUUCCUCUCUUUAAAAAAAGUACAGAAAGAGCCUAUUCCUGAAGAGCAGGAGAUGGACUUCCGACCUGUGGAGGAAGGGGAGGAGUGUUCUGACUCCGAGGGUAGCCAUAAUGAAGAGGCCAAAGAACCUGAUAAGACCAAUAAGAAAGAGGGAGAGAAAGUAGAUAGAGUCGGAGUUGAAGCUAGUGAGGAAAUACCCCAAACUUCGCCAUCAUCUGCUCGACCAGGUACUCCUUCAGAACAUCAACCUCAGGAAGCAGCAUCACAGUUUGAGAGGAAAGAUGAGUCUAAAACUGAGCAAAUGGAAAAAGCUGAAGAGGAGAUUCGGACGGAAAACAGUCUGCCAGCCAAGGUGCCCAGCAGAGGGGAUGAAAUGGUUCCUGACAUCCAGCAGCCCCUGACACAGCUCCCUCCAGACCCAGCCUCUCCUCUUCUCAUACUUCCACCUCCUGUUACUGCUCCCAGUCCUGCCUCGCGGCCAGUGGAGAUGCCAGUUGUUGGUGCUCCUGGUAUGGGCGGUGUUUCCACAGAGCCAGAUGAUGAAGAGGGUCUCAAACACUUGGAGCAGCAAGCUGAGAAGAUGGUGGCUUAUCUCCAGGACAGUGCACUAGAUGAUGAGAGACUAGCAUCAAAACUGCAGGAGCACAGAGCUAAAGGAGUGUCAAUUCCAUUGAUGCAUGAAGCAAUGCAGAAGUGGUAUUACAAAGAUCCUCAGGGAGAAAUUCAAGGUCCCUUUAAUAAUCAAGAGAUGGCGGAAUGGUUUCAGGCUGGCUACUUUACUAUGUCUUUGUUGGUGAAGAGAGCAUGUGAUGAAAGCUUCCAACCUCUAGGUGAUAUCAUGAAGAUGUGGGGAAGAGUUCCCUUCUCCCCAGGCCCAGCUCCCCCUCCUCAUAUGGGGGAGUUGGACCAGGAACGAUUGACCAGGCAGCAGGAACUCACAGCCUUGUACCAGAUGCAGCACCUCCAGUACCAGCAGUUCUUGAUACAACAACAAUACGCACAGGUUUUGAAUCAGCAACAGAAAACAACCUUGCCAACCCAGCAACAGCAACAGUUGGCUCUUCUCCUCCAACAGUUCCAGGCUCUAAAGAUGAGAGUAUCUGAUCAGAACAUCAUUCCCUCAGUAACUAGGUCUGUGUCAGUGCCAGAUACUGGCUCUAUCUGGGAACUUCAGCCAACAGCCUCACAGCCUACAGUUUGGGAAGGUGGAAGUGUAUGGGAUCUUCCCCUAGAAACCACAGCACCAGGCCCUGCCCUGGAGCAGCUUCAGCAGCUGGAGAAAGCCAAAGCUGCAAAGCUAGAGCAGGAGAGAAGAGAGGCAGAAAUGAGGGCAAAACGGGAAGAGGAGGAGCGAAAGAGGCAAGAAGAGCUCCGGAGACAACAGGAGGAAAUUCUUCGGAGGCAGCAGGAGGAAGAGAGGAAAAGGCGGGAGGAAGAAGAGCUUGCCCGAAGGAAACAGGAAGAGGCUCUGCGACGCCAGAGGGAGCAAGAAAUUGCAUUAAGACGACAGCGAGAAGAGGAAGAAAGACAACAGCAAGAAGAAGCUCUCAGACGACUGGAGGAAAGGAGAAGAGAAGAGGAAGAAAGGCGGAAGCAGGAAGAAUUGUUACGCAAGCAGGAAGAGGAGGCUGCCAAAUGGGCCCGGGAAGAAGAAGAAGCCCAGCGUCGAUUAGAGGAGAACCGGCUGCGAAUGGAAGAGGAGGCAGCCAGACUCCGGCAUGAAGAGGAAGAGCGGAAGAGAAAAGAGCUUGAGCUGCAGCGGCAAAAGGAGCUUAUGCGCCAGAGGCAACAGCAGCAAGAGGCCCUGCGCAGGCUACAGCAGCAGCAGCAGCAGCAGCAGCUGGCACAGAUGAAGCUCCCCUCUUCUUCAACGUGGGGCCAGCAGUCUAAUACAACAGCUUGUCAGUCCCAGGCCACACUGUCAUUGGCUGAAAUCCAAAAACUUGAAGAAGAACGAGAACGGCAGCUUCGAGAAGAGCAAAGGCGCCAGCAGAGGGAAUUGAUGAAAGCUCUCCAGCAGCAGCAACAGCAGCAGCAGCAGAAACUCUCGGGUUGGGGGAAUGUCAGCAAACCCGCAGGCACCACGAAGUCUCUUCUGGAGAUCCAGCAGGAAGAGGCCAGGCAGAUGCAGAAGCAGCAGCAGCAGCAACAACAGCAACAGCAGCACCAGCAACCAAACAGAGCCCGGAAUAACACACAUUCCAACCUGCACACCAGCAUUGGGAAUUCUGUUUGGGGCUCUAUAAAUACUGGUCCUCCUAACCAGUGGGCAUCUGACCUAGUCAGUAGUAUCUGGAGUAAUGCUGACACUAAAAACUCCAACAUGGGAUUCUGGGAUGAUGCAGUGAAAGAGGUGGGACCUAGGAAUUCAACAAAUAAAAAUAAAAACAACGCCAGUCUCAGUAAAUCUGUAGGUGUGUCUAACCGGCAGAAUAAGAAAGUAGAAGAAGAAGAAAAGUUGCUGAAGCUCUUUCAGGGAGUAAAUAAAGCCCAAGAUGGAUUUACCCAGUGGUGUGAACAGAUGCUUCAUGCCCUUAAUACGGCAAAUAACUUGGAUGUUCCCACAUUUGUUUCUUUCCUGAAAGAAGUAGAAUCUCCCUAUGAGGUCCAUGAUUAUAUUAGGGCCUACUUAGGAGAUACUUCUGAGGCCAAGGAGUUUGCCAAGCAGUUCCUUGAGCGCCGUGCCAAACAAAAAGUCAACCAGCAGCGUCAGCAACAACAGCAGCAGCAGCAGCAGCAACAGCAGCAGCAGCAGCAGCAGCAACAGCAGCAGCAACAGCAGCAGCAGCCACCACCACAGGACUCUGUGUGGGGGAUGAACCACAGUACACUCCAUUCAGUAUUUCAGACCAAUCAAAGCAACAAUCAACAAUCCAAUUUUGAGGCUGUGCAAAGUGGCAAGAAGAAGAAAAAACAGAAGAUGGUCCGAGCAGAUCCCAGUUUAUUAGGAUUUUCAGUCAAUGCAUCAUCAGAACGACUCAACAUGGGUGAAAUUGAGACUCUGGAUGACUACUGAGCACCUGCCAGGCACUCACUUCCCUCUCCUCUCUGCCGACCAUGGAUUCUCCACUUUUGGACACAACACGUACUCAUCAUUUACUCUAUAUCACUCUGCAACAAAUCACAGAACCGAUCAUCUCAGGCUUUUUCUUCUAGCCCCUUGUGUCCAAGAUUCCUUAAACCGUUUUUGUUGGUGAGCAUCUCAGACUGUAUACAAGUGGACCAGACCCUGUGUCGGGGUUGACAGGUGGGAUUGCUCCCCAGCAAGGCUGAUCUUGGCAGCACAUUUUCACUGUGCCGUGAUUUCAUCUACUGCCUCCCAGAGAGUAUAGUAUGUUGGGAUCUGCCAAGGGCAGCUUA